ACUCCGAUUUAGUUGCAUUUGGAAUUUGAGCGAAGCACGCGAGAACAGCAGCUGGGGAAUCGAAAGCCGCGACGGAUAGGAAACAGGCCAGCCAACCUCCUGAGUGGUCGUGGGUGGAUUCCGAAGCUGUACUGUGGUGGUAGAUCCUGUUCCUGUGGAAGGAUUUUUGAGACUGUGAUAUAGUGAUAGAAACGCAAGAAUUAAAACUACAAAAAUGGCCAAAUCUGUGAAAACUCAAGUGAUGCUCGCAAUGUGUCUAGUGUUCGCCGUGGAGCAGUAUUCCGUCGCAGCCAAUGUUCUCUUUCGCCGGUUCUUCAUCGUUUCAGCAAUCGAACGAAAUUGCAUUCUUCCCCUGAAGCCAGACUGGUCGUUUUUUUCGCCGCUGAUUUUCAGUCUGGAUGGAAAGCUGAUCUCAACGGAGAGCGUGAGCGACGAAGCGGAAGACAUCACCCUGGCAGUUGGCGACGAGGUUUUGCUGUCCUGUGCUCCCAACUAUUUCCGGGAGUUUUCAUCCGAGAAAGUACUGCGAGCAAAGUGCAAAAAGGACAAAACGCUAGUCGUCGACGGUCAAGAUAAGAAUUUCAUUUCGGAGCUUUUCUGCGAAGCCCGAUCCAUCGAGGAAAUCAUCGUACCCGUUCGUGGGUGUCCAAGCAAUGCGCGAUCGAUCGAGUAUGGUUACACGAAUCCUGUGAACAACAGAUCCUUCAUUCUUGGUGAGGCUUGUUAUGAUGUAAAACGUGGUCAGACUUUGUUCGUCCACACAAAAAUCAAAUCCGGAAGCAACACGGUUGAAGCACUUGCUCUGAAAACCGCCAACAACGCAGAUUACUUCCGACGGGAGCAUCCAACUUCUCGAUACAAAGUAGAGCUCAACAAGGCACUCAACAUCAACGACCAUGCGGAGCGAUUCAAGGGAGUUUUCGGUAACAAGAAUAUCCCCAAAAUCGAAGCGAGACGAUACGUCAACGAAGACCUUUUGACCCACAAACAGUACCAGUCAGUCCUGAAGUUGGCCUGGAACUAUCAGAUUGUCAAGGACCUAUCGCUCCUGGAAAACUUUGAUAACCUGGUCGAUGACAUAUCCGACCUUGACGCCAAAGAAGUGGAAAUUUACACCGGCGCCCAUGGAGUGCUCUCCCUGAAAGACAAGAACAAUCACAACGUAGAUGUCUAUCUGAAAGACAAUCGCUUCCCAGUUCCAAAAUUCCACUGGACCGUGGUGAGAUCGGAGAGCAAAGCCGUGGCGUUUGCUGUCUUCAACAAAGCUCAGCUAACGGACGCUGAACGAGAGAAAGACUCUUUCUGCAAUAGUAUCUGUGAUCAGUUGACGUGGAUCAGCACUCUACGGGAAAACAGUUCCUACAGUAAUCCCCAGCUGGGCUACGUCCUGUGCUGUGAAUUGAACGAAUUCCGUCGGACGAUAAAGGAAAUGCCUCCACUGAACGGCAUAAAGGAAGUGCUGAAGUAGUGCUAAAAGUGGGGAGCCCUUCUCGAAUUAGAGGGUUCUCGUUGCCAUUACGGUAGGCGAUCAAUUGAACAAACAAAAGUGCUGGCAUGUGAUUUUAAUUUUUAUUAUUUAAUAAAUGAAUGUGUAGGAUGUGCUCUCUUAAUGACGUAGAUGAAUGAUUGAACAAGUACAACAGUGUAUAUAGUA